AUGCCGGUGGAUGGUUCAUCAACCACGACGAUAAGGUCUCCGAGACCAAACUCACCACGGCAUUCCAAUGGACAUCAAAGCAAUACCAGCGGAUCACAGGGGGCCAGAGAAUCCCACAACGGCGGCUUCUUCAAAUCCUCUUCGACCUCCCAAGCUCAAAAGCGAGGCGACCAACUGCACAUGCGUAAGGAUAUUAAUCGAGACCCGCUCAAAAGCCCUCAUAUAUCCACUCAUAACGCUGUGCAUCCUGUAGAUAAUCCCCUCGAGCGCCCGGACGGGCGCGAGCUAGCGGCUUUAAAGCUUCAGUGGAAAUAUGAAAAGGCCAUGCGACGGAUACGGAGACGGAGCACGAAAUCCGUCCUGACACGAGGUGGUAGUGGCGACUCUGGGGCGAAGCGCCUCUCGAUUAUACCAUCAAGCACAGACAAAGCCGGGGAAAGCCCGUAUGCAGCGACUGCCAUCGUAUGGGGUUUGCCAUUGGCAAUGGCACUUUACAUUCCCUUCGCGGUCGAUCCGGGUAUCAAUACACACUUAUAUCCGUGUAGUCCGGCAUGCAUGAGCAUGGGAAUUGGCGCUCCAGGUAAUUGUGUUGCGUCCACAUGCACCGCUGAGGUUGCGGCAGGGGGAUGUGGGUGGGAUGCUGAUGGCGGCGGGGCUUGCGGUGAUGGCGGCGGUGGUUGUGGUGGUUGCGGUGGUGAAUAA